AUGUUCUUAUUGCCCCUUUGCUAUUGCUAUAACCUUUCUGUGAAGCUUGGCUCUCUCUGUCACAAUUUUUCCUUUCUUACUGUUACCGCUGAAGCUUUACUGUUGGUUGGCUCUUUCCACCGUUUUCGGGUUUUGCCCUCUCUUUGUUUCGUUCUUUCGUUCUUUCUUUCUUUCCCCAAUUUCUCUUUCUUUAUAUUCUGUCCUCCUUUCCUUUUUCUUUCCCUGAUUUUCCUUUUCUUUCUUUCUUUUUUCUUUCUUUCUUUUUUCUUUCUUUCUUUUUUCUCCAAUUUCUCUUUCAUCCUUUACAUUCUGCCCUCCUUUCCUUUUUCUUUCUUUAAUUUUCUUUUUUUCUUUUUUUCUUUCUUUCUUUCUUUCUUUCUUCGUCUUUCCCUUCUUUCUUUUUCUGAUUUUCCUUCUCUUUCUUUCUUUCUUUCUUUCAUUGAUUUUAUCUUUCUUUAA